AUGUUGUCGGUUAAUGUUAAUGGAGUUCUUAACGGAUAUUUCCCUUGUUCUCGUGGGGUUCGACAAGGUAAAGUUUCAAACAUUAAUCUUCUCAUCUCUACUUUUGACGAGUAUGCGGAUGUUUCAGGUCAAAGGGUUAAUUGCUCUAAGUCUCACAUUUUUGGUGGAGCCAUGAAAUCUUCUAGGCUGAACAUUCUUUCGAAGAUUUCCGGAUUCAAGAUUGGCGCUUAUCCUUUUGUGUAUCUUGGAAUUACUAUCUUCAAGGGCAAGCCUAAAGCGGUGUAUUUACGUCCUAUUGCAGAUAGGGUGAAAAAUAAAUUAGCUUCUUGGAAGGGCUCUUUAUUAUCGUUUGCCGGCAGGGUGGAACUUUUUAAAUCCUUUAUCCAGAGCAUGCUUAUUCACAGCUUUGCAAUUUAUGCGUGGCCGAUUUUUCUCAUUCGAGACAACAAGCAGGCGAUUAAAAGGUUUAUUUGGAGUGGGGAGACAACAGUGCUUCGGCUGAGGGUUCAGAGAAAAGGUAGUUUCAUCAAGCAUCACAUUUACUCCUCCCUUUGGUCUAGUCUCAAGGCAAAAUUGGCAACAGUGGUGGAUAACUCUUCGUGGUGUUUAGGCAACGGUGCUUCUAUUAAUCUUUGGUUCGAUAAUUGGUGCGGUAUGCCUUUUCACCUCGACAUGUCUGAUGGAGUUUAG